AUAAAGGGGGGAUUACCGUUAAAAGUUCAGUCCUCGACCACCACCGCUUUGAUGGUUGCAGAUUUACUGGUAGUGUGAACAGGUGUUAUAAACACUUAGUAAAGAAUUUUUUAUCAUCAUCUAAAAAAACAUAUGACUAUAGCUGUGUAAAUUGUAAAUGUUGGAGUAAGGAACAUUUGAUAUUGAAGUGUUGGCUCGGUGUCUGGGCACUGGUCCCACUACGAUCACCCGACAACCAUUAUCAGGUUUUGUGUGUGAAUUAAUUUACCUGGAUUAUCUGCCUACCUGUGCAAUCUCACCUGGAGGCUGUGACUAUACAGGUGUAACGUUCACCUGUGGUGUGCUAUACUUCGGAGGAUUCUACAACACUAUGGAAUUACUACUGUACAUAUCUGUGCUGCUUUUAGCCCUUCGAGAAACUUUAUCAUGCUCGUGUUUACCAUCACAUGGUCAAUCUCUAUACUGCCGGUCAGACUUCAUUCUGGUUGCUACGGUGAAGGAAGAGAAGAAUGUUUACAGUCGCCACGACGACAGGAAUGAGUUACCAAUGUCAAAUGUAGACUUUGUCAGUAGUUCAUUUGAUACACAGAUACCAAUAGAACGUCACUACCGAGUCCGCGUCCAUCGAACGUUCAAGGGAAAUCUCAACAAAGAAUACCAAAGAGCUUUAAAGAAAUACCUGUAUACUGGCGGUUCCGAUGCUGCUUGUGGUGUGAGACUGAAGCACCGCAAAACUUAUCUAUUAUCAGGGACAAUCCGGAACAACCAGCUGUGGAUUAAUUAUUGUGGCUGGGUACAGGAGUACAAAACCCUCAAUCUCCACCAGAAAAAGUUCCUCAAGUUCAAGUACAAACACAACUGUGGAUGUCAAGUGGCCACCUGCUUCGGAACAUUCUGCUCUGGGGCCCGUAAACUCUUUCGCCAAGAUUAUUGCAAAUAUCAACCGAACUGGACUCAGGACUGCUACCAGCGUCACGGCCAGUGUGUCAGGAUGGAUGGAGCGUGCCAGUGGAAGAAAAACAACCAGUUUAAGGUGUGUUUGAAACAAAAUGAAGAAUCCCUUCCUUGGAUGAAACAGCGUAUUAUGCCUAUAGGACCAGAGAUCCAACCGGAAACAAGCAACGAGUCGAAUGGUCAUAGUCCAAGUUUUCCUGGUUACCAGGAACCGUGAAAUACAUCCAAGACAUUAAAGUCAGAUCAUUGUGACAGGAAACCUCAUGGUGAUGGUCAUACAGGUGGCUUAGGUGUGACAGAGUGGUCCCCCUUGGACUAGUAUUUGACGGUUGUGAAAGACGGCAGCAGGAAUGGUACAAAAGACAUUUUAAAAAGAACUGUAUCAUAUACUUUGUGUGGAUCUGUGAUAAAAAAAAGUUUGGAGGUACAUUUCCUCCAGCUUCAAAGAGCAGCUCAGACUCUGAUCAGGCAACUAUAGCAUCAAAGAGUAGCUCAGACUCUGAUAAAGCAAUCGAAGUAUUGCUUCAAAGAGCAGCUUGCACUCUGAUCAGGCAAACAAAGUUCAUUUCAAUGAUCAGUUCAGACUCUAAAA